UGGGUUUCAGCACCCCGACUUUAAAAAUUGUUCCAGCGCCUCAGCGUCAUUUACAUUCCCAGGUCAGGGGUAUACUCAAGAGCUGCGAUGUGUGACUGACACACAAUCAGUCUCGUUUGAUCUAUUGUGUGCGGCGGCAAAGCAGCAAUUCUACUUCACCAACAGAGGGGUCUCUGUAAGCAACUCGUAAAUGUCAGCUAUUUCGUUUCAAUAGCAGUCUCUUUAAUUGUUAAUGAUUUCCAAAAAGAAACAAAAAUAGGGAUUACUAAUCCCGAAAGGGACGCAAAACCCGUCGCUGUGACUUGAGAGAAAAAACAGCGAGAAAAGAAAAACAAAAACAGGCAUUGUUGUUGUGAAAUUAAAUUGUUGACUUCACUGGGUAAGAAACAGACGAUGAGUUACUGUUUUGCCUGCUGCUUUCUUGCUCCUCUCCUCCUCUAGCGGGGGUUGGCUGCCCCCUUAAGCUUCCCUUUCCCUGUCUCUUCUCCCCGCUGGAGCCUCUAAGCGAGUCCGAGGCUGCUUCUGUCUCUCUGCUGCUCUUGAUAAUGAAAAGCUGCUUUUGUCUCAGAAGGAGGGAUGAGGUGCCGCGAAUAACAAACCAACCAAUGAUGCCCGAAAUCCGAGACCUGUCUGAGGCUUUGCCAGAACUGCCGAUGGACCCGAUUACUGGAGUCGGUGUUGUGGUCUCGCGGAACCGGGCACCAACUGGCUAUGAAGUCGUUUCACAAACAACAGAUGGUUUAGAUGCCGACCUCUGGAAGGAUGGCCUAUUCAAAUCCAAGGUCACGCGGUAUCUGUGUUUCACAAGAGCAUUCUCCAAAGAAAAUAGCCAUUUAGGUAAUGUGCUUGUCGACAUGAAGCUGAUUGACAUAAAGGACACCUUGCCGGUGGGCUUCAUUCCUAUGCAGGAGACCGUGGAUACUCAGGAACCAGCGUUCAGGAAGAGGAGGCUCUGUAUAAAGUUCAUUCCCCGGGACUCCACUGAAGCAGCUAUCUGCGAUAUCCGAAUCCUUGGGAGAUCCAAACAAGCUCCCCCACAGUACACCUUUAUAGGCGAGUUGAACAGCAUGGCUAUAUGGUAUCGAAUGGGAAGGGUCCCCAGGACGCAGGAACCCCUUGAGAUUCAAACCCAGACUUCUUCUCAAAUACCAACUUCAGCACCCGCUCCAGCACCUAACCUGCCCAGGCACAUAUCCAUGACCCUCCCUGCCAGUUUCCGUGGUAAAAACAACACCAGACCUGACUACGAACACCAAAGCUCAAACCUGUAUGCCAUAUCUGCAAUGGAUGGUGUGCCUUUCAUGAUUUCUGAGAAAUUUGCUUGUGCAUCCAACGACAUGCAGCAAGUUGAUUUAAUGGGCAUUACGAUCAAGUCCCUGGCAGAAAUAGAAGAAGAAUAUGACUACAGCUUCCGAACAGAACAGAGUGCCGCUGCCCGCCUUCCCCCGAGCCCUUCUAGAGGACAACUGAGUCCAGAAUCCUGAGGCGAGGAAAGAGAAGGAAGCAUGACUCUGAAGAGAGCAGGGUCCAUACUACUGAAAACAGGCUUGCAGAAGCAGUGUUACUGGAGUAAUCUACCUUCCCUCCCUCCCUCUGUCUCUCUCUAUCUCACACCCCUCUACUAAACGAUACACCACUGAAAGCAGGAGCCGUCUUGAGUCUUUAUAACCAAACCCUCAUGUAAAAUUUACCACAAGUUCACUUACUCGUCUGUCUGUGUAAAUAAGAGCCCCCACCCUCCAUGUCUGUUAACCCUUUGUUUAUCACUUACUUUUUUUAAAGAGAACCUUUUUUGAAUUUCCACAUCGCUAAUCUGCUAAUGUACUGGCUGGUCUUUUUGGAUGAAAUGCCGAUGUAACUGACAACAGAAAACUCUUACCAGUUGUCUGUGAGUGGUCUUGAGAAGAUUCCAGCAUGUGCUGCUGAUCCACCCCAACCCCUGGAGAGAGCCAAGAUCAGGGGACGAGGUGUCCGUGGCACGUACUGGAAGUAAUAAACUCUCCUCAUCUCUCACAUCCCUCUGCCUUCAGUGAGCUGCUCCACUACAGAGAAGCCAGGGUCGUCAUCUUUAGACAUGAGAUCCUCACUGGGCUUCCAUUGUCACCUUGGCUCACAGUCUCCAACUCUCCAUGGGAUUCACAGUGUGUGAGAUCAAAGAACACGUUGCACUCUGUACCGGAACUCCUGUCUGUGUCUAUGACAUCACAGAGCCCAGCGCCAGUCAUCAGACCUGUUAAUCAGACCACUGGAAAAUGUGGAACACAAUAAUUCCAUCUGCAAAUUUUUUUUUUUUUUUUAGCUAAAUCAUUUCAUUUGGGUUCUAUGCAGGGCAAAGUAUUGCUCCAGGUUUUUAUCCAGUGUUGUUUUUUUUUUUUUUACGAUGGAGAAAAAAGAGACUCUCGUUGCAUAGAUAUCCAUGACCAUUUUUAUUAUGGGGUUAGAUGAGCUUAAUCUUGUUACCUGUCAAAUAGGGUUCUUAUGAAUACUUUCCCAAUAGAUCAGAUGUCCAUUCUUUUGUUAUUUAUUUAAAAAGAACAAAGUUUUUCCAUAAUAAAGAAUGGAGAUGUGAUCUACUAUCUAUUGGUAAGGUGUUAAACACCUCUAUUUCCAUCGAUUGUGAUCAAUGUUGGGACGUUUGGGAAUCUGAUCCCGGAGGUAGCACCCAGUAAUGGAAAUAAUUGCAUUAUAAAACAGUGUGCGAUUUUAAUAGCGACAUGGUGUGGACUUCAUAUGAAAACUUGAAAUGCCUCAAAAUACUAUGCAAUUCUGUGAAUGAUUUACAACAACACUGGCUAACAAGAUUAAGCACUUCCAAAUCUCAAAAGUUUAUUUUUAUUUGUGUGAAGUGUUUUAAGUAGGAACAGGGCUACACAGGUAUCAAACUGACACAAUCUUCCUUCAAAGUGGCAAGGUCUACUGCUUGCAAUCCCUGUUUGUGUGAAAACGGUGUUCUGAUUUUGAACAUACACAGUCAGAAAACAUUUCUUUUUAUCUAUCCCAGUGUUAAAAGAUUAAAUAACUAGUAGUGUUUUUCAUAGUCCUAUAUCGUAUUUGCCAUAAUCCUGUACGUUGAUAUCAUAACCUCGUUUAAAUUUGAUUAGAUUGUAACAAUGCACUGAAUUGCUUUGCACUGCUCAAGUGUUUUUGGUUUGUUUGUUGAGGGAUGGGGGCGGGGUGGGGCGAGGCGGUUCUCUGAUAGAAUCUUAACUUUAUUGUUCUGCUUCCUUUUGGAUUUUGUACUAUAUGAAUUUUAACAGCCCCUCUGAUUCUGACUGUAUCUUAGUCAUGCCACAUAAAUAUUUGGUACAGGUGGCCCCUUUUUUUAUUUUUUAAACAGAAGUAGUGUGAGAAGUAUAUAGCUAGUUUUGCACACCUGUGAAAAGUUUUUAAAGUUUCGAUUCACCUUGUUGUCCUCCUGGCUCCAGAAGAAAAGAAUACUAGACACUUCAGCCAUUUUGAUCCUGAUUUAACACAAACACUGCCGUUGUUUUACCAGAGUUACCUCGGCCGUUUGAAUAUGCUGCAUAUUAAAUAUUGAUUAUUAGAUCUUCUUCCUCACAGGGUACCGGAGAACCAUGUUGGUGCUAACUAACACACAUACAAGUUCUCCAAGCAUCUGUCUUCAUGGGACGCAGGGCAUCGUUUGCUGCUGAGUUCUGGAUUCUAUCUAAAUGAUUGUGCCUCAGACGGAGCUGUAGUGGUAUGGAGUAGCUCUGUAGUGGUGCUAUUGCUGUUAUUCAUUUAAUUUAAUUCAGGUCUUAGCUGGUAGCAGCUGCAACUGCAGUUUUUGAAACAAGAAGUGUGCUAGUGAUUCUUUGCUCGAUUCUCAGUGACCGUAGUUUUACUCCUGUGGUUUUUAACUUCACUCUUUUUUUUUUUUAACGUAGGUUUAUUUUGUUUGUCUCUGUAACAACACAGGAAUAUAUGAGCCAACCCAGGCAGACAGUAAAAGUAAAACUUCACCUCGUCUAGUGUGUAGAUAAUCCCAUUUCCUUUGUUUUAUAUAGAACUGUGAAAGACUCAUGCAAAGUAUUGUCUGUCCAUUGGUAGGUGGUGUCUGUGUUUAGAGCUGCAUGCAUUGUAAUACUGGAUCAGCUGCUCCUCCAUUGUAUGGGCUGCUGUAUUUUAUUUAUUUUUUAGCACCCUGUAAUCCAUUGUUUGCCAAUCUGGCAAGAGUCUAAAUGAAAACUUUUUUAUAUUACAGUCUCUGGUGCAAGGCAUCAACGCCAAGCUCCAGUACUGGUGAUUUUUACAAAUUAACGAUACGACUUCUGUUGAAAUCAAACUUGGUUAAUAGCAAUGUGCAAACAUUUUGGUUUUCUCAUUCAUAUAUAUAUAUAUAUAUAUAUAUAUAUAUAUAUAUAUAUAGACACAGUUAAACUGCACCAACACCAGUAUUAAUGUAAACUGACUGGCAGAGAAAUAAUUAAAAUUAAGGCUGCUAUACAUUUUUGGUUUUUUUUCUCUCCUUUUUUCUUUACAGAUGCAUUACUAAGCCACUGCUUGUGAUCAAACUAUAAAUAACUCUGCCUAAUCUAGUUGCUGCAGUUCAGUGUGUACAUCCCAUAAUCAAAAAUCAGAGGCUGUUCUGUCAGGUGGGACGGGUCCAGACCUCAGCGGGCGACUCGUUUUAUAUCUUUCUUUUCUUCUUCUUCAAGACUCGUGGAAGCAGUUACAAUCCAUGUUUUACUACCACUACUACUAACCAUUUUGAGUUGAACAAAUGAGAAUAUCAAUCAGUUUGCAUAUUUCUCUUAAAACCGCUAACUAACUAACUGUAUAUAAAUCUGCUAAUUCAGUAUUUUGGUUGAAUGGUUUUUGCAAUUCAGCAAAGAUUUUUUUUUCUCUUUUCUGUGAAUAAAACCUGUAGUUAUUGUAACUUUUUUUUGUAUUUAUUUUAGAAUUAUUAUUUUUUUCCUUAUAUUUUACAAAGGGACAUUUCAAUGUGUGAUUAUUAGCCUGUAUUAAUAUAAUUUGAAUAAAAUGUUCUUUAACUGUU